CCGACUCUCUCAGUCGGGCACCAGUCGACCACUCAGAAUGGUCCAUUUCUCCUUGACUGUUUCAAGAAGUGACUCUUCGCUUCGGACUCCCAACGGUGGAUCUAUUCGCCAGUGCCACCAACCACCGGCUGCCUCGGUUCUUCACCAGGUUCCCCUGUCCCGGGGCAGAGGCGGUGGAUGCCCUUCGGAGUCCGUGGCCAGCCAAUCAACUUCUUUAUGCCUUUCCGCCAAUCAACCUGCUUUCCAAGGUGGUACGGAAGUUGAUACAGGAACGCGCGGAACUGAUUCUCAUCGCUCCUUCUUGGAACCGUCGCCCCUGGUUCGCAGAUCUCAGAUCUCUGUCAGUGGCGCCUCCUUGGCGGAUACCAGACGAUCUGUUGGUUCUCAAACAGGGACAGCUGGAACAUCCAGAUCCGCUCUGGUACCAUCUCACCGCGUGGCGAUUGAGCGGGAGCUUAUGACCAAGCUUCCCCUGUCGGCAGGUGCUAUUGCAACCAUCCAGGCAGCACGACGAGCUUCAACCACCCGCAUUUAUGAAGCUACCUGGCGGGCUUUCUCCCUGUGGUGUGGAAGGCAGCUCGUAUCUCCUACUUCAGCAUCAAUUCCCUGCGUCAUCGAGUUCCUGCAGGAAGGCUUAGUCUCUGGUCUUUCUCCUAAUACGCUUCGACGACAGGUAGCAGCACUUUCCACGGUCUUAUCCGGCUCCUCGUCUGAACCACUGUCACGGGACUCUCUGAUUCGCCAGUUUCUCCGGGGCGCUACCAACAUCCGCCCUCCGGCAAUCCACCGCUACCCAUCUUGGGAUUUACCCAAAGUCCUCCGGGCUCUUACGGGCCCUCCAUUCGAGCCUCUAAGAGACGUUUCUUUGAAAUACCUUUCUUUCAAGGUCGCCUUCCUCGUGGCAGUCACCUCCGCACGCCGGAUUUCUGAGAUGGCAGCUCUAUCCAUUCGUAAGGAGCUCUGUAUCUUCCACCAGGAUCGAGUGGUCCUGAGAUUGGAUCCAUCUUUCAUCCCCAAAGUAAAUUCUGUUUUCCAUCGAGCACAAGAGGUGGUUCUCCCGAAUUUCUGCCCUAACCCGCGACAUCCUCUCGAGAAGCGAUGGCAUACCCUUGACGUUCGUCGCGCAUUAAAAGUGUAUGUUUCCCGUACGGCGACUUUCCGGCGAUCGGACGCCCUCUUCGUAUCUUUCUUGCCAGCUUCCUUGGGAUUGAAGAUUUCCUCUACCACCUUGGGACGAUGGAUUCGGGCGUGUAUUUCGGCGGCGUAUGAAGCCUCGGAUCUUCCGGUGCCCCGCAGAAUAACGGCACACUCGACGAGGAGCGCAGCCACUUCAGCAGCAUGGUCUACUAGAGCCUCCAUUGAAGAGAUUUGUCGGGCGGCUGCCUGGACGUCUCCUUCCCCCUUUGUGCGCCAUUAUCGCUUGGAUACGUUUGCAUCGGCGGAUGCUGCCUUCGGACGUAGAGUCCUUCAAGGGGUCCAUUCAACCUCCUAACCGAGGACCGGCCUCCUCCCUCCCGUCUGGACACAUGGCUUUGACACGUCUUACCUUUUUACUCCCUCGUCUCAAAACUGUCAGUCAGCAGGCAGGAGGAGGGACUUCCGACCUUCAAGAUAACCCGGUCCAAUAAGCAACUCUGCCAAGUCACCACCCAUCCUGACUGCCGUGCCCGACAGUCCGAGAAGAGGCG